AUGCCCGCCCACCGAAUAUCAGAUGCACAAUCGAUUGGAUUAGAUGCACAGAAAGUGACGGCUUUUCUCGCCCGAGUGAGGCAGGAAGUAGAAGAAGGGUUAUUGCCCGCUGCUCAGGUUGCCAUUGCCCGUGAUGGUAAAGUAGGUGUGUUUGAAAGCUAUGGUGACGCGCAGGCUGAGUCGCUGACACCCAUAUUUUCCGCAACCAAGGCCAUCACCUCGGCUGCAGCGUGGUUGUUGUUUCAAGCCGGUAACCUGGAAGAAGACGAGCGUGUUGUUGACAUCAUUCCGGAGUUCAAUACCCACGGUAAAGAUGCGGUCACGGUGGGGCAGUUGUUUACCCACACCGCCGGCUUCCCUCACGCACCGUUUAAACCCGUUCAAUGGAACAAUAAAGAAGAGCGAUAUGGUCGGUUUGCGCAAUGGCGUCUGACCUGGCCACCCGGAUCGAAGUUUGAAUACCAUCCUUCGUCGUCCAUGUGGGUGAUAGCGGAAAUUAUCGAGCGCCGCUCGGGUCUGGGUUUUACAGAAUUUGUGCGCAGUAAAGUGCUCGAUCCGUUGCAGCUCAACAAUCUCUUUGUGGGUCUGCCAGCUGAACAUCACCAUCGUGCACUGGAUUGUGUGCACAGUGGCGAUGCGCUGACCCCGGAGGACUACCAGAAAAUGGGCAUGCCUGUACCGCCGGACUCGGAGGUCACCGAAGAUGCCAUCCUGAAUUUCAACACCGCAGCUGUUCGUGAGGUGGGUGUACCUGGCGGUGGCGGUUACGCCACCGCAGCAGAUCUCGCACUGUUUUACCAGGCUUUGCUGCACGGAGGUCUGGAUGGGGUGGAAUUGUGGACGCCCGCGACGAUGGCCUCGGUACGCACCGUCCGCACCGGCGAUCUGACCGAUAUGAUGUUCAAUAAGUUGGCCAACCGCGGCCUGGGGAUCAUCAUCAGCGGCGAUGAUUCGCGCUCUUAUCGAGGUUUUGGUAAAACCAAUUCGCCUGAGGCCUUUGGCCAUAAUGGCGCCGGUGGUCAGUUAGCCUGGGUCGACCCGGCAAGCGGCUUGUCUUUGGCGUAUGUGACGCCCGGACAUGACCGUAAUUCUAUCCGCCAGGACACUCAAGCCAUCAUGGGUACCCGUGUGCACGUCGAGUUCUACCUGCCUGACAGACGCGAUGGCCCGCAACUGCUUACCCAGGUGAUGGAUGAAAUGCGUCGUAUCGAUGCAAAGUUCAGCUCUUACAAAGCAUCCAGCGAAUUGUCGCGCCUGAAUCGAGAGGCACCUGACGGCUGGACUGAGGUAUCGGAAGAACUCUUCGAGUUAUUGAGUAAGGCGCAUCAGGUUUCCAAGCUUACUGGGGGCGCUUUUGAUGUCACCUAUGCAUCUGUUGGUCGAUAUUACGACUAUCGUGAAGCGAAAGCGCCGGAUGCUGAAGUGGUUGCUAAGGCGGUUCAGGGCAUCAACUAUCGAUAUGUUGAACAGGAUCCGCAAAGCCGACGAGUGCGUUACAGUCGGCCAGAGGUGUAUGUUGCCCUUGGGGGUAUAGCCAAAGGUUAUGCGGUUGAUCGGGGGAUUGCGCUCCUGCAGGAGGCCGGGGUUGCCCACGCCAGCGUCUCUGCCGGUGGUGACAGCCGCAUUGUUGGCGACCGGCUCGGUCAGCCCUGGAGUGUUGGCAUUCAGCACCCGCGUGCGCAAGACAAAAUGUCUGCUGUGCUGCCGCUGGUAGACACAGCAGUGUCAACAUCCGGCGAUUACGAACGCUACUUUGAAGAAGAUGGCGUGCGCUAUCACCACAUCCUCGAUCCCAACACAGGUCGCUCUGCCACGGGCGCCUGGAGUGUCACUAUUCUAGGCCCUGACGCGACCUUUACCGAUGCGCUGUCCACCAGUGUUUUUGUGUUGGGUCCGGAACGUGGUUUAGCCCUCAUAGAUAGAUUGCCCGGCAUUGACGCCAUCAUCAUAGAUCCCCAGGGUCAGCUGCUGUUCUCCGCGGAUCUUAUGGAAUUGUCGGGAGGAACGAUGACCAACAGGAAAACCACAUUGAGCGGUUUCAUUUCAACAGUCGCCAAACAAGCUGGCCAACUGUCUGCUGUAGCAGGCGUGUUCCUGAUUGGCACAGGGUUGUUCAGUAGUCACGCUCUGGCUGCAAACGUUCCGAUUUCUGAAAACGCACCGGAUUUCACGUUGAAAACGCUGGAAGGCUCAAAUUUACGUCUUGAAGAGCACCGCGGUGAAGUUCUGUUGAUCAACUUCUGGGCGAGCUGGUGUGGCCCCUGUCGUCAGGAGAUGCCCAUUCUGGACCGUCUGCAUGAGCGCUAUGAAGAUACCGGUUUUGCAGUCUGGGGCAUUAAUGUAGAAGGCGAAGAAGAGCCUGCACAGAAACUGGUUGAUAAAACCAAGGUGACUUUCCCUGUGCUGAUCGACGAAGGUCAGGCGGUCAGCGAACUAUACGAUUUAGAGGCGAUGCCGAGCACUGUAGUGGUGGAUCGGGAUGGCGUUGUUCGCUACAUCCACCGAGGUUUUGGCAUGACAGGGAUAGCUAAGUCGAUAGGCGCCGCUCUGCUGUUGUUUGGGUGCGCUCUGGUCUGGGCCGAAGACACUAAAUCUGCAGCGUUAGACGUUGAGAUGGAAGAUGUCAAAAAAGCGCUGGUGGAGCUCAAACGGGAUCUUGUGAUUCUUGAAGAAGACCUGCUCUUUCCAGCCAGUUCACAGGUGUCAGUGUUCCUGUCCAUGGAUGUGGGCGAGUUCUUUGAACUCGACGCUGUGACCUUGAAGCUCAACAACAAAGAAGUGACUCAUCAUUUGUACACCGAGAAGCAGGUAGAUGCGCUGUUUCGUGGUGGUGUGCAGAAACUCUACGUAGGCAACGUGAAGCAGGGCGAAAAUCGCGUCACCGCUUUUUUCACCGGUCGCGGUCCCAACGGGCGCGAUUUCCGGCGUGCCACCACCGUGGAGUUUGAAAAAGGAUUCGAGCCGACUUUUAUUGCUCUGGCAAUUUCCGAUGAAACUGCAGAUUUCCAACCUGACUUUGUUGCGGAUGUCAAUCUGACUUAUGGCACAUUGCUCUACGAGUAUUUCCAGGAAGAUCAUCAGGCUGCGCUGUUAACUGCACUGGUUGCACAACAGCAGGGGCGAAGAGGCGAGAAACAAACUCAAUUUGACCUGGCUGCGGGUAGUUUUGCAUUUGCAGAUGGCAUGUACGACUACGCUAAUCAGACAUUUGCCGCGAUUCCUGAAGGCGAAAUAGAGCCGUUAGAUCAGAUGCGCUUAUCUUUUCACCUGGCUCGCGAAUAUCACCGACGGCAGGAUUGGAACGCUCUGGGCCCUCAGCUGGCGAAUAUAGAGCUGGGUAAAAGCUGGUUCGGAAAACAGAAGUUGCACCCUGAAGUGGAGUACAUGCGCGGUGAGUACGCGGUGCAUCUGGGUGAAUAUGACAAAGCUGCGCAACACUUUAAUCUGAUGGAAGAAACCCACCCGCUGCGCGCGUAUGGGCUUUUUAACCUGGGCGUUGCCUAUCGUCUGGCAGAUCAGCUGCCUCAAUCUCAGCAGACCUUCCAGACUCUUGCGUCGUUACCUGCCUACAGCGAUGAGGCGUAUGACCUCAGCCAACGGGCGAAGCUGGCGCUGGCACUUAUCGCGCGCCAGCAGAAAGACACACAGAGUGCCGAAACCGUGCUCAGCGCUCUGCCGGGUGAAGGGCGCUAUCAGGAAGUUGCUAUGGCUGCCUACGGUGGUCUGGCGAUGGAUAACCAGGAUUAUGAAUUAGCCGCGCGCAUCUGGAUGACCCUGCAGGAGCAGGACUACUGGACGCCCAGUACGGCAACCGCUCGACUCGGGUUCCCACUCAGUCUGGAGAAGCUUGCGGGUGAACAGCGCGCCUCUACGGAGCUUGCACUGGUGCAGUUUCAGCGCGCUGAAGCAAGUUUUAUGUCUCGUCUGAACGACCUGACGCGGCUGUCAGCAGAAGCAGAAGAUCCGCAGUGGGUGCAAAGCCUGCUGGAAGUGUUUGCUAACGAUGAUCAAGACGAUGAGCAGAUGCAGCUGCUGAUGCAGAAAUGGCAGGAUCAGCUGGGUCAUACGGAUUGGCUUGAGUGGUUAGCCACUGACAAAAUUAAUCAGGCGCUCACCCAGUGGCGUGCGCUCAAUGAAAUGGAAACCUGGGUAGGUGCGCUUCCUGAAAAGCUUGAUGCUCUGGAGCGGGUCGCCGCUGAGCAGCGCCGCCGGGGCGAACAGGCCCAGGUCAUGUUGCAGGAUGAAGGCUUGUUGGCAAAACGCGAAGCUCUGCAGGCUCGUGUGAAUACUGCGCAAUCUGAGUUAAGUGCACUACGCGCUGCAACGCCGAUGCCGGAUUUGGCUUGGAUGAUGCCCCUGGCGAACCCGGAUGAAAGAGAGCUGCUGACAGAGUUAGAUGGCAUGCGCCAACUGCUGGUACACAUGAGCGACAAAGAUCGUGUCAAGUGGAAUGCACGUAUUGCCCGCCUGGAAGGUGUCUUGUUCUAUCGCCUGGUGGAUGAGCGGGCGGCGCGUCUGCAAACGCUGAGUAAAUCGCAUAAAGAUCUGCUGACAGUGCUGGCUGAUGUGGAUGCCCGUAUCGAACGUGUCGAGGGUGCGGAAAGCAAUUUCAUGGCCGGGGUUGGCACCGAUUUUCUGGUUUUUCAAGACCGAGCGGCGGACAUCACGCAGAUGGUCAAUGCGGCCAGAACCAGUCGUGAAAGCCUCCUGGCUGAUGAAAUACGUGGUCGGAUGCAGCAGGAAAUGGAUCAGGUACAGCAGUAUUUACUGGUGACCCGAAUUGCGAUCGCUCGGGCAACUGAUCAGUUAGCUGUGGGUUGCAGCUGGAUGACCUUUGGAUUGAUAGGUGGCGAUGAGCCUGGCGUUGUGAAAACCAAAGGCCCAACCCUGGGCAGCAGAAUCAGCGCCCUGCCUGCUCUGGAGCUGGCGCCGGUUGCGGCCAUUAAGCCGACCCGGGAUGAAGUCAUGGCGGCCUACAACAGAGUAUAUGGCUUGCUGCCUUCCAGUGGUGAGAAUCACGCUGUAGGUAAGCGGCUUGCCGACCUGCAUAUGGAAGUAGGCCAGGAUCUCGAUAUAGAAGGUGGCGCUGAUCCAUAUCGCCCCGCAGUUGAACUUUAUGAAAAGCUGCUGGCACAAGCUGAUGCAGCCGACGAGAUUGAUGCGAUUCUCUACCAGCUUGCGCGUGCGCAUGACCUGGUAGGCGAACAGACUCAAACCCUGACUUAUCUUGAUCGAUUGAUAGCCGAACACCCUGGCAGCGAAUACGUUCCUGAAGGCCGUUUCCGCCGCGCUGAAAUCAAAUUCUCCAGCGAAGAUUAUCGUGCCGCUGCAGCUGACUAUGGUUACGUUGUUGAGCUUGGCGACAGCACGCCUUAUUUCCAGAAUGCGUCUUACAUGUUGGGCUGGUCUGAAUUUAAACGUUCGCGUUUCGAUGAAGGUCUGCAUCAGUUUUUCAAUGUGGUUGAUAACUUGUUAGCUGAGGGUGACGCGGCAGAUCUUACGGCGAUUGACAAUGAAAUGCUGGAAGACUCGUUUCGUGUCAUCACCCUGGGGCUGGCCUAUCUUGAUGGUGCCCAGACCCUGGCUGAUGAGAUGCGUAAACGUGGACGUCCGGAUUGGCAGUAUCUGGCAUACCAGCGCCUGGCCGACGACUAUUUCGGCAAAGAACGUUUCCUCGACAAUGUGGCCACCUGGCAGACGUUCAUUGAACACAAUUCGCUGGAUCGACGCGCACCAGCUGCACAUACCGGCAUGAUCAAGACGCUGAUGGACGCAGGGUUCCCAAGUGAUGUGUUGCCGAAGAAAAAAGAAUUCAUCCUGCGUUAUGGCGUUUACUCGCAGUUCUGGUCACAUCACAGCGAAGAGGUGCGCGCCGAAUAUCUGCCCACCCUGCAUGGCUACCUGUCUGAAAUUGCCAAAUUGGCACACGCGGACGCCCAGGCAUUUGAUCUGGCCCAGCAGGCAGCCAAACAGCCCGUAAAGAACGCUACAGCUCAGCGUACAACACUGUAUCUGGAGGCGGCUGGCUGGUACGAAGAAAUUAUUGUGACGUUCCCACAGGACCCUCGUACCGCCGAGUAUCUGUUCCUGUUGGGCGAAUCGUAUACCGAAGCCGCUGAACCAGGGCGUGCAGUUGCCGCUUACCAGCGCGUGGUGCGUGAUUUUCCUGAUUACCCGGAUGCCCAUGAAGCAGGCUAUGCCGCAAUUCUGGGUCUGACGGAGCUGGUUUCGACGGCCAGUGCGGACGAAUUGGAAUUGUGGCAACGGCUCAAAAUUGAUGCGCAGAUUGAAUUUGCGCUGAUCUUCCCAGGUGACAACCGCGCACCAGCAGUGCAGACAGAUGCAGCAGAUACGUUGUUUACCCUUGGACACACAACGGAAGCGUUAGAUCUGGCGGAAAAUCUUCUGCUCGAGUGGCCUGACGUUGAGCCUGAACUGAAAAAAACAGCCUUGCUGAUUAUUGGUCAUGGACGGUAUGAGCUUGAUCAAUUUGUACCGGCAGAAGAGGCGUAUCACAAGUUGCUUGCCAUUGAGCUGUCCAGCGAAGAGCGCGCAAAAGUUUCGGAGCGUUUGCUGGCUGCUGUUUAUAAACAGGGUGAAGCCAGCGAUCUGGCGGGUGAUGUGGAUACAGCGGUGUAUCACUUCAUGCGCAUAGCGCAAAUCGAUCCUGCUGCAGCGCUCGCGGCUCAAGGCCACUUCGAUGCCAUUGCUGUUGUUGAAUCCGCCGGUCGUAUACCGGACGCGGUAGCGAUGCUGGCUGAGUUUCGCAGCCUUUAUCCCGAUCAUGAACUGGGCAAGGGCAUCGAUAUGCGUUUGGCCGGUAUGUACGAGCAGACGCAGAAUUGGUCAGCUGCGGCGGUUGAAUACGCGGGUCUUGCAACCUCCGCUGAUGAUGUCGAAGUGCGACGACAGUCGCUCUAUCGCGCAGCAGAAAUUUACCUGCAGCAGGAUGACGUUAACGCAGCUAUCGAAUAUUUCCGUGAAUACGCACAUACCUAUAAAAAGCCCUAUGACUUGCGCCUGGAAGCCAUUCACAACAUGGAUGAGCUCUACCAGCGUGUGGGUGACGGCGAAAAGCAGCGCUACUGGCUGGAUCAGAAAAUCAAACUGCACCGGGAAAUGGGUGGCGAGGCUACCGAGCGCGCAACCUAUCUGGCCGCUGAUGCGCAAAUGGUCUUUGCCAAUGAUGAACGGCUGGCCUACCAGGCGAUUCGUCUGACACAUCCACUGAAUCGUAGUCUCAAGCGUAAGCAAAAAGCAUUGAAGCAGACCUUGAAGGCCUACGAACGGGUUGCCGGUUAUGAAGUUGAAGCGUUUACCACCGCGUCAACGUUUGAAAUUGCAGAUCUCUAUUCGGCGUUAUCAAAAUCGAUCAUGACGUCAGAUCGGCCUGAAGAUCUUUCUGCCCUUGAGUUGGAUCAGUAUGAAAUUCUUCUGGAAGAGCAGGCCUUUCCGUUUGAAGAGCAGGCCAUUGAGCUGCACGAAAUCAAUAUGCGUCGUGCCUGGAACGGUACUUAUGACGACGCCGUUAAAAAAUCAUUUGCUGAGCUGAUACGGCUGAUGCCGGGCCGGUUUAACAAGCAGGAUGGUGAGGCUGAUCUGGUUGCACCCCCGGUGCCCACGCCACCUCUGCAUGCAGGUAGUCAGGCGUUAUUUGAACGCGGCGUGGAGUUGCUUAAAGACAAUAACCUCAGUGCAGCGCAGGUUUUGUUCCAGGAACUGGCAGAGUCUCAACCAGAACUUGCCGGUCCCUGGGUCAACCUUGGUCACAUAGCCCUUGCGCAGAAUGAUGAAGCACAGGCGCGACAUUCCUUUGAGUUAGCUUUGCAGGCGAACCCCGCUAAUUGUGAUGCGCUUACCCAACUUGGCGUCAUGGCGCGCAAACAGGGUGAGUUCCCUCUGGCGCAGCAGUAUUACCAGCGUUGUAUCGAGGCCAAUCCAGCUUAUGCAAACGCGUAUCUGAAUCUGGGCAUCCUGUAUGAACUUUACAUGGGUCGAUUGCCGGAAGCGCUUGCUGCCUACAACGAUUACCAGGUCAUGUUGCCCAGUCCGAACCAGCAGGUGGCUGGAUGGGUGAUGGAUUUAGAACGCCGCGUUGCGGCCAUCGCCAGGCGAGAAGUAGAAAUGGAUAUGUACGCAACCUUUGUGGGUUUCUUCCAGGAAGGAGGCCCGUUCAUGUAUCCCAUCGCCGUGGUAUUAGCCAUUGGUGUGGCGAUAGCACUUGAACGAUAUUUUUAUCUUGCGCAGCAGAUGCGGAUUAAUCGUAAAGAUUACAACGCGUUACUGCCGUUGUUAAAGCAGCGUCGUGUUCGUGAAAUUGUUGACCUGACCAAAAAGUCCAAGUCGCCAAUGGCUCGAAUAGUUGCAGAUGGUGUUAACAAACAGAGCACGUCAAACGAUUUGCGACGUCGUCAGGAUAUCGAAUCGGCGAUGGAAGAAGGUCUGUUGGAAGCGCUGCCGAAUAUUGAGCGUCGGACACCGUACCUCGCAACGUUUGCAAACAUUGCAACACUGCUUGGCCUGCUCGGUACGAUUAUUGGUCUUAUUGCUGCGUUUACCGCGGUUGCCAAUGCUGACCCGGCCGAAAAAGCAACGCUCCUGUCACAGAGUAUUUCGAUUGCGAUGAAUACCACCGCGUUUGGUUUGAUGGCGGCUAUCCCACUGCUGUUGAUUCACUCCAUGCUGCAGAGCAAGACCAGCGCGAUUGUUGAGUCGUUAGAGAUUGCGGUAGUGAAGUUCGUGAAUCUGCUGGAAGGCCAUGCCGAUGCAGCAGCUAAAGUCACUGGCAAAGUAGGAUAUUCCAAAGUGAGCAUGGAUCGCGUUCGUCUCAGACGACUUAAACAUACUGAAGCUGCUGACCUGGAUGUCACGCCGUUCAUGAAUCUCAUGAUCGUGCUGGUACCGGUACUGCUGCUGUCGAUGGUGUUUACCCAUACCACGGUCAUCGACCUGAAUUUCCCCACUGGCCAAGCUGCAUCUGGUGAGUUUGAUCCUGAGGCGGUACAUCUGGAAGUGGCCGUUUAUGCGGAUCGUCUGGUGGUGGCCGAUGGUCGAGGUGGGGUUAUCAAACAGGUGCCGGCAGUUGACGGUGAACAUAACUUCGCAGAACUGUCUCUGGUUAUGCAGGAGCUCAAGCGCCGCAUGCCGGAAAAAGAAGACAUAACGGUUCUGCUGCAGGAAGACACCAGCUAUCAGACUUUGGUCUCGGUGAUGGACAAGGUGCGUUCGUACCCGGCUGUGCAGGCCUUAGACGUGGUUCAGGCAGAACUUUUUCCAGUGAUUUCUCUGGGUGAUACACCGGCAGGCGAACAGUCCGUUGCUGUCGCAGCGAAGCCAUCCACAGGCAAAACAGCGGGUCUGAAUCUGGUCUCGCUGAUGGAUAUCUUCACGAUUCUGGUUUUCUUCCUGAUGGUGAACUCUUCAGAAGUGGAAGUGCUGCAGACCAGUUCCAAAAUCAAACUGCCGGAUUCUUCUUCGGAAAAACAACCGAAGAAUCAGCUGAUGAUUUCUGUAGAUGAAGAAGAUCUGGUAGUGCAAGGGCGGUCUGUGGCGAAAGUGGCUGACCUUUUUGGUACCGAAGAUCUGAUGAUUGCGGGUCUGCAGUCGGAGCUUGAGUAUCAGGCGACCCGACGCGGUGAAAUUCCGGAAGGCGGUUUCGAAAUUACUGUCAUAGGGAGCAGCGUCAUGAGCACAAUGAUGGCUAAAGUGCAUGACUUUGAUCUGCCCUGGGAUAACCAGCGAUCAGACCGCAAGGUACUGAAAUCCUGGAUGGUGAUCUGUCUUGGUGUAUUGCUGGUGGUUGGCCUGCCGAUGCCCUUUCUGACGCUACCUGAAGUGGAGCGGGAAGAACUGGAAGCGUUGCCUCCCCAAUUGGCGCGGAUUGUUAUGGAACAACCGAAACCUAAGCCGCCACCACCGCCGCCGCCAAAAGAAGUUGAAGAAGUUAAGCCUGAGGUGCCUAAAGAGGUUGCUAAAGAAGAGGUUGUGAAACCAAAGGUGGAGCCUAAAGUAGCUGAUGCGAAGGAAAAGGCAUCCGUAUCGGGCUUGCUGGCGUUCAAAGAUGCGUUUGCAGACAUGCGCGAAGCUGUUGAUGUUGACAAGUUACAAGACACAGCCUCCAUCCAAAGAGGCUCUGGUGAGGCCGCAACCAUAGACCGCAACCUGCUGACCUCCAAACACAGUACUCGAAGUUCUGGUGUUAACGUGGCUGCCCUGUCUCGUGAAACCGGCGGCGUAGCUCUGUCUGGUCGGCAAACCACUAAGGUCGAUGCGCCUGAGAACGUUGCCGGCACUGGCGGCGUCCGUAAGCAGCAGGUGGCUGACCCUCGCAGUCGCAGCAUCGAAGAGAUCCGGCGUGUUUUUGAUACCAACAAAGGUGCGAUCUUUGCUAUUUACAAUAGAACCCUGCGUUCCAAUCCGGCACUCCAGGGUGAAGUGGUUCUGGAACUGGUCAUUGACCCCAACGGCGCUGUCAUUGAAUGUAAGGUGGUGGCAUCUGAGAUUGCGGAUCAAUUGAUGAUCGACAAAAUUGUCAAUCGCAUCCGUCUGUUCAAUUUUGGUGAGCGUGACGUGAAACGCACAACCAUCCGUUAUCCGGUACACUUUCUGCCCACCUAA